AAAACACUACAAAUACAGCACAACUAUUAGACGAAUCAACAUAUCCGGGGGAGCCGUUUGCGUUUUUGGACGGAAGUAGUUCUCUCCUGAGAUUUGCAAGUUCUGUAAACAAAAAAGCGCUGUGUGUAAAAGAACCCGAAACUGCUACCACAACACAAGUUACCAACACGACUGUGUAUUCUACGAAACCAUACACAACAGUAUUGGAAACUGCAUCUUCUGUGGCUAAUAGUUCUACACCUGAACAUUCAACAUCUGAAGAUACGGACAAACCUGAAACUGCUAGCACAACACAACUUACCAAUACGACUGCGUAUUCUACGAAACCAUCCACAACAGUAUUGGAAACUUCAUCUUCUGUGGUUAAUAGUUCUUCACCUGAACAUUCAACAUCUGAAGAUUCGGAUAAACCUGAAACUUCUACCCCAACACAAGUUUCUAAUACGUCUGUGUAUUCUACGAAACCGCUCACAACAGUGUUCGAAACUGCAUCUUCUGUGGCUGAUAGUUCUUCACCUGAACAUUCACCAUCUGAAGAUUCGGACAAGUUCCCAGCAGUGGGAGUCGGUAUUGGCUUGUCAGUUGGAAUUAUGUUUGUUGUUGGAUUAAUAGUUGCCAUCGUUGUUCUAAGAAGACGCGGCAUAUCCCCGUGUACUUUUAAAAUGAAUGUGGACAACGAAACCGACGGAAAGCCAUCAUUUGGAGACCAAAUAUCAGAUAAAGAGAAUGAUGAUACCGUUGAUCAUCAUAACUAUUUUAUCCUUGAGAAAACCGCACAGUCAGCUUAUGAAGACAACGAUCAUUAUAACACAGCAGGAGAACCAACUGAAGACACUGAUGGUAACGAUCAUUAUAAUGCCAUUCAGGACACACAAGAACCCUAUGAACAUGUGAAGGAUGUCGACGGUGAUUAUGACUACACAACUUAUAUUUUGAACAUUGGAACCAGUACCAGAGAACCGGACAAUGUAUAUAAUAAACUCAAUAUAAACCGACCAGGUGACUAUGACCACAUUGGAAAACAAAACUGUAACCAGCCUAACGUUUCAGACGACGUCUACGAUACAACUUCAGCUACUUCGGCGCACAGGAACGAUGACUUCAGCGAAUAUAAUCGUAUCUCAACUCGUGUAAAUGCAGGGCAAGGAAAUAUAUCUAUAGACCUCCAACAAGGUGACUAUGAUUGUAUGAAGGGUAAACAGACCAAAAGCAAAGAAUCCGGUUAUGAUCAUGUUCAUAUUUAGAUACGUGUCAUUGUGUUGCUUUAAGAACAUAAACUGUGUAAAAUAGUUUCAAAAAGUCGCUAUCGCUAACCUUCAUAAGAUAUUUGGUUUAUUUAAUGUUUUUUUUGUAUAAUGUCUCUAGUGUUCAGACAUAUCAUAAAACCUGUAACCAUAUAGAGCCUAUUUGAAUUCUGUAUUGCUGUCGACUAAACUAUACGGAUAUUCUCCGUUUAAAACUUCACGUGUAAAUACACACGCAUCAAUACUCGUCUGGAUAAUCAUACAUACUAUAUACAAGUAAUGAAUAACUGCACCUCGGUACUUCACCUGGGGAUAUUAUUCAAAUCUUGACACAGUUUCAAUAUCUUAUGGAACAUAUGGUGGAGUAUAGAAAUAAGUCGACAGUUGUGCACAUAACUACUAUAACUGUGCGCUUCUGUAUGAAUACUCUAGAGUGCAAGGUACAUUUCCAUAUUAUUUUAAAGCGUACCUUUAUCUUCAUGUUGGUUCUUAUUACUUACCUGUUGGUGUCUAAAACUAACAUUUUCCGAAACGUACCUCUACGACGAUCCAACUGGUCAUAUCACUAAUCGUCUUAAUCCUCUGAGUGUACAUUACCAGCAAAAAUGAUGUCUAACUAUACGUUUCAAUGACACAUUUGUAAUUGUAUUAUGUCUUGGAUAAUUUCUCGAUCGAUGUGUAAUACUUUGAUGAACAUAUACAUUGUAAGGCCAUAUCUGUUCAUAGCAGAUUAAAAACCGAAGUAACAUGUUA